UCUCUCCCUGUCUCUCUCUUUUAGUCUCGCUCUUUCCCUUUCUUUUCUCAAUGGGACUUUGUCGUUUUCUCUCUGUUAACUGCUCACAUGUCAUACAGCAAAAAAAAGGAACAACACGUGACUACCAACUAAUAAUUCCUGCCGGGUUCAGGUACAAGGUAUCACUAGGCCUUAAACCACAAGUAUGUCUAUGUAGACAUACUUUGCUCCACUCCUAUUCUAUUCCCAUAUAUGGUGUGAAUCAGUGUCGACGCCAUUGCUUGAACUGUAACAGAAAGUAGCAGUUGAACAAUGUUUGGUUUGGCGUUUGCAGAGGCGUUUGGAUUAGGCGACAAAAGGUCAUCCUUUGAAACAUCUGAUGAUGUCAUUUUGUGUAACAGAAUCUGCAUUCUUCUCAAAAAAAAUACUAACAUACCUUGCUUGUAGUAGAUUCAUAACAGCUGUGAGGCCCCCAUGUAUAAAAUGCCUGCGUCAUGCAAGCCGUGCCUAAUGUCUAUCAGGCCUGAAGAGGGUUAACAGUGCUGGGUUUCAACCAGUUGCGCAUGGCAAACAUGUCAUUCAUUUCCAUAUUUCAGUGUACCCACUCCCCCAAAGAUUGGGAGAGGGUGUGUGAGGCCAUUGAGGGCUACGUCUAGAUGUAAGGGAUACAGGCUUUAGGGGGCCCAUAACUUUCAGGGCCGGGUGUGUCAUCUUCUGGCAGAUAACAUGGGAGGGGACAGGUAUGAAUGACGUGUUAAUGGCUCGCGGUCACACCCCCCUCCUCCUCCCUCCUCCCCUCCCCGGACCCAUUUCUCUUCCCUCUUGCCCCACAUUCCUAUCAGAGCUUUGCUCUGCUGACACUCUGCACUCAAGAACCCGUUCAGAAGGAAGCGACGAAAAACCUCAUCGGGUGUCAGUUGGUCUUAUGACCCCCACCUACACACACACACACCAACGUGUGCACAUACGUACUCAGGAGCUGCGGAGGUAUAGGAGGACCUCUUUGGAUACGGCAGCAGCACUACAGCUGGACUAUAGACCCUCCAGCCUGAGUUGCCAUGGCUAGUGGGGAAGCUGCGCCGGUGGCUCCCGCCACACACUUGGCUCUCAACAGACUCCAUCGGUUUCGGAUGCGUGGGGGCCGUCGUCCGCGCGCGCCCAAGAGCUUGAAGCACCGUAGCAGAGAUCCCUGCCCCUCCGAGAUGAACCGGGAGCCCUGGGCCAGCAGCACACAGGACCCGACCGCCUCUGAGCACACACUGCACCCACGGGAGGAGAGCUCAUCGCCGUCGGCAACCGAGCAGCAGCAGCAGCAGCAGCAUCAAGAGCAGCAGGAGCUGCCGGACAAGCUGUGUCUGGACUCCUUUUGGAGCGAGGUGGAGACCAUUCGCCAGGGGAGUGGCUACGAGGCGGAGCUGGAAGAGCGUGCCAGGCGGGACUCCAGACAGUCGGAAGAGGGGGAGCAGGAAGAGCAGUGGCUGGCUGAUGCUGGUCUGUCCAACCUGCUGGUGAGCGAGGGUGCUGCGGAGGAUGUGGAGAACGCCGUGCUGCUGUCGACGCUGACGCGCACGCAGGCCGAGGCCGUCCAGCGCCGGCUGGACUCCUACACGCUGUCCCUCCGCAAGAGGAACAAGCCCCCGCCCCGGGACGUUCGGGACAUCUUCAACUCCCCCAUCACUCAGACGUUUGGGUCCCAGCACGGUGAAGGCCGAGCUCAAGACAACAUGGCGUCCGUGGCCAAAUCACCGCUGUCAGUGGUUCGUACAGAGCAGCAGCAGAGUGGUCUGAAGGAGGAGAUCUUCAUCACGGAUGUGGCCUACUGUGAUCAGGCAGCCAUUUUCCUGAAGCAGGCCAAGCUCCCCCAGAGCAACAGCAGGAAAGAAGAAGGAACCCUGCCUAGGGUGGUCUGCCCCCAGUGCCGCCUGGGCGUGACCCGGGUGCAGGACCUGUCCCCGGGGGACCUGAAGAAGGUGCGUCAGCUGGCGCUCAUCGACAUGACGGCGCUCAGCGACCUGCUGGAGCUGGAGGUCAAGAGGCAGAAGAUGUCCAAAAGGAAGAUGGCAGAGAGCGCUCUGUUCGGAGUGCCCCUGGCAACGCUACUGGAGAACGACCAGAGAGUCAAGCCCAGCACCACCACACCUCUCCUCCUGCAGGCGUUACUGUCGUUCCUGGAGAAGAAAGGGGUCGAGUCUGAGGGCAUUCUGCGGGUACCCGGCUCUCAGUCCAGAAUCAAGCUGCUGCAGCAGACCCUGGAGACCACCUUCUACUCCGGGGGGGUGGACUGGGACGAGGUCAGCCCCAACGACGCCGCUGCCCUGCUCAAGAAGUUCAUCCGGGAGCUUCCGUCGCCGCUGCUCACCGCUGAGCACCUCAACACCUUCAGCGCCGUCAGAGACAUUACAGAGCUGAAACAGAAGCUCCACAUGUUGAACCUGCUGAUCCUGCUGCUGCCAGAGCCCAACAGGAACACACUCAAGGCUCUGCUGGAGUUCCUCAGCAAGGUGGUGUCGAGGGAGAGGAGGAACCGGAUGACCCUGUGGGCGGUGGCCACCAUCAUGGCGCCCAACCUGUUCCUGCACAAGGCCGUGCCCAGCCGGCUGACGGACGGCGGCGCCGAGAAGGGCCACGCCGAGAAGGCGGCCGACAUCAUGAGGCUGCUGAUCCGCUACCAGGACCUGCUCUGGACGAUUCCCAACUUCCUGAUGAGCCAGGUGCGCAAGCUGAACGAGAACAGCAACCGCCGCUACCAGUUCUACGACCGCCGCAUCAAGAACCUGCUGAGGAAGAUCCACACGGACACCAGAGACAAGCCCGAGAAGAACACCUCCGAGAGCCCUUGUGUUGGUGCGGUGGUGCAGCCGUGCCGGACGGUGAAGGUGCAGGUUGGAGACCUGGUGAGCAGCACCAUGGAGGUCCAGGUCACCGUCACCUCCAGGGCCUCGGACCUGCUGGCCCAGUUCCACAGGCAGUUCCUCCGCAGCCCCGACAAGAGCAAGGGCAAGCUACGGCGGAACGGCUCCACGGUCUAUCCGGACUGUGCCAUCUAUGAAGUUGGGGGGAACAUUGGUGAGCACUGUGUGGACCCCAACACACACCUUCUGGACCUUUACAACAGCAACCCUGCAGGAGAGUGGGUGAUCAAGAUGAGGCCCAACGCAAGCAGAGGGCUGUGAUGGCACCCCCCCCCCCCCACCCACCACGCUCCCCACCCAUCCACACCGUCACCCAAUCCAUCACCCACCCCAUCGCAGGACAGGGACCCCCUGUUUUAUGACUUUCUCCGGGCCGAGACACAGACGGGGGAGGGGGGGCCGGGGGGAUACGAAUGGUUGUAUAGUAGUCCCGCCCACCACGCCCCUCACCAUACCCCCACAUCGCCCUCCUCCGCCCUCCCUCCGCCGUUACUUUCCCCCCCGCGUUACUGCGGCGUCGCACUGCAGCAGUAGCAGCCAGGUUUGGUCACGUGACUCAGGACUUCCAAUCGGGAGCCGGAGGGGAGGGGAGGGGGAAGGGGAAGGGGAGAGGAAAGCGACCAUUUGGCAUGGCAGCGAUGCUCUGGGGGCGACAGACCCCGACCACGAGAGAGAACAGAUGGGGCCCUGAAGCUCCCCGAGCGAGGAGCGGCAAGCGGCUGCAUGCCAUCACGGAGGACGCAGCGGCCCAAAGUGGAACCAUUUUCCCUGUGUGUCCGGCCUGUCACCCCCCCCCCCCCCCCCCACCAAAAGUGUUUGUUCAUAUCAGUGGAAAGCCGGUGUAGAUCCCUCAUUCGUCGGUUUCCUCUGCUUCCAGGGAGGAGGGGGGAGUCCUGCUCCUUCACUGCCAUUAUCAAAACCAAUGAACAUGUGCGGAGAAAACAACAGACUUUCUUUUUUCUUUUCUUAAAACGCCUUCGUACCGAAGGCCUUAGUGUCUCAUCCUCAACGGCACCUUUUUGUACUCUGUAAAAAAAAAAAAAAGGGAGUGGACAGGGACAGAGAGCGGAGCCGGUCUCCAGCCUUCUGUCUCAUUUUUAUGUGUUGUUGUUUUUUUUUUACAAUGUCGAGUUCCCGAAGCGACUCUUGUCGAAGUGAUUAUUUAUAUUAAGGAUGUGAUGAUGAUGAUGAUGAUGAUGAUGAUGAUGUUGUGGUUGUUGCGUCUGUAUUGCUGAAUGUAUUGUAUUCAUGAUGAGUAACUUUAGGACGACCACAGAGUUGUGUCCCUCAGUAGCUUGGGGGUCGUGUCAAUAUCAUAAUGAGAAUGUUCCCUUACAUGUAUGUUAUUCGUUUUUGUUUGCUUCCAACUUGUCUCUCUCUCACCAGUGUAUUGUAUUUCAUCCAAACAACUAGCAGUACUCCUUAACUAAUCACAUUUCACUUGUAAAUAUUGCUUGUUCUUGCUCAACUCCAUCUUGAAUGAACGUUGAAAUAGACAUACUGGCUGUUGUGGCUCAUUUCACUGUAUCGCCUCUGAUUGUAUUUCUUCCAUGCUCAUAACAUACACACGCGCGCGCGCGCGCACACGCACACACACACGCACACACAGGACGCCGUUCGAGAGAAAAGCAAUCGAAUGCAGGAAACGACUCGUGCGCCUUGUCACUUAUUAGUCCAGAUGGGAGCCAUGUUGCGGUGGGGAAGGGUGCGGCGGCGCCUGCCCGCCGCCAUUUUGUGAGUAAGCGAGCGAGUGUGAAACUCGAUAGGUGGCGUAAUGACAGGCCGGGCUUGGCCGCAUCCAUCACCCUCCCUGGCUUCCAUCUCCCGUCCGUCCCCCUCCCAUAAUGGCCCAUAAUGACGCUGUCGCGGUGCCUGCACCCGCACAACGCUGCAGAUAAAGGAGAAGGUAAUAAAUGGCUGUUAUAAAUUCUACUGGCCCUCCUGCACACCACACUGCCUAUGUGUGUGUGUGUGUGUGUGUGUGUGUGUGUGUGUGAUUUUUUGUGUGUGUAUUUGGGGGGUUGUUCAUGCAUGUAUGUGUGAGGGUGAUAAUGUACGUGUGAGUGUGAAAGUAUGUGUGUGGGUGUGCAAGCGUGUGUUUGUGUGUGUGCGUGUUGGUUCGCCUCUGUUUGUGUGUG